AUGAGUGAACAAGAAACGGUAUCAACUACAAAUACCGAUAGCUCGGUCACAACUACUACAAAUGUUGAUCCUUCAUCGACAACCACUACAACAGAAACAUCAGCUGAUGUUAUAGCUGCACCUGUAACAACAACAACAAACAAGGAAGAGAAUACUACCUCAACUACUUCAACUACAGAUAAUAAUAAUAAUAAUACUGCUGCUGCUGCUGCUGCUGCACCAGCUGUAGUUGCUCCAGUACCAGUUGUAGCUGCACCUGUAACAACAACAACAACAAAUGAAGAACCAGCAACAUCUUCAUCUUCAACCACUGCUCCAACAACAACAACUUCUGCAGCACCAAAGAUUGAAGCACAAAAACAUCAUGUAGAUCAAAAUGGAGAGGUUUCAGAACCAAUUCCAAUGCCAACUACCAUUAUCGAUGCAUUGGAACAUACCAUUCAAAGAUUCCCACAUCAUCUUGCCAUCAAGGUAAAGAGAAAUGGAAUAUGGCGUCAAUGGUCUUGGAUGCAAUACCGUCAAGACAUUUAUGCAACUGCCAAGGCAUUUAUAAAGUUGGGUUUGACUAGUGGUGGAGGAGUCAACAUUAUUGGUUUCAACUCGCCGGAAUGGCAAAUGUGCCAACUCGGUGCCAUCUGGGCCGGUGGUCUUCCAACCGGUAUCUACACCACCUCUUCACCAGAGCAAUGCGAGUACUUUGCCUCUCACAGCGAAGCUCAAUUCAUCUGCGUCGAAAAUGAAACACAACUAAACAAAUACAUGGCAAUUCGUGACAAACUACCAAAUAUUAAAGCUUUCAUUUUAAUGGAACCUUUUGAUGUUAGAAAUCCAACUGGCACUGCCAAUACUGCUGCCACUACUACCACCACUACCACUGCACCAGCUACCACCACCACUGCUCCAGCCUCUGCAACUACCAUUCCAGAAACCACAACCACGACCGAUGCCAAUGGUACUAGUACAACUAGUACAACCAGUACAACUACUACUACAACCAAUACUACUACCACAUCGACAGGGUUACCACCAGGAGUAUUACAUUGGGAAGACUUUUUGGAACAAGGUAGAAACGUUCCAGAUUCUGAAAUUGAUAGAAUCUCCAAAGCCAUCACUGCCGAGAACCUUUGUACACUUAUUUACACCUCUGGUACCACUGGCAUGCCAAAGGGAUGUAUGAUGACCCAACGUAAUAUUGCUUGGACUUGUUACACCGUCGGUAGUGUCGUCCUUCAUCCAAAGACUGGUCAUCGUGAAAGAUUUAUCAGUUAUCUACCCCUUAGUCACGUUGCCGAACAAGUUGUAACAUUAUAUGCUCCAUUAGUAUUUGGUUUCUCUGUUUCUUUUGCUGAUAGAAAUGCUCUUCAAGGAACAUUAUUAGAUACAUUAUUAGAAAUUAAACCAACUAUUUUCUUUGGUGUACCACGUGUUUGGGAAAAGAUUCAAUUAAAGAUUCAAACUACUCUUAAUCAAUCGGGAGGUAUUAAAAAGAAGUUGGUCAAUUGGGCCAAGGGCAAGGGUAUCGAGGGAGGGUACAAGCAACAACGUGGCGAAAAGAAGCCCAAGGGAUACGGGUUUGCUCGUGCAUUGGUGUUUAAAAAGUUGUUAAAGGGAUUGGGUCUUGACCAAUGCCGAUUCUUUGCUAGUACGGCCGCACCCAUUUCAAAGGACACGCUAGAGUUCUUCUUGUCGCUCGGUAUCACCGUCACCGAGGCAUACGGUAUGUCAGAGUUGACCGGUCCACAGUGCAUCAGUUAUCCACGUGCCAAGACUGGCUCGGUCGGAAAGACAUUGCCAGGCAGCGAGGUCAAGCUCAACCCUGGUGACGACGAGAUCUGCAUCAAGGGUCCAAACGUCUUCCUCGGAUACUACAAGAACCCCGAAGCCACUAGAGAGACCAUCGAUGAAGACGGCUGGCUCCACACUGGUGAUAUCGGAAAGAUCGAUGAGAAUGGAUACCUCUUUAUCACCGACCGAAAGAAAGAGCUUAUUAUCACUGCCGGUGGUGAGAAUGUCUCGCCCGCACUCAGUGAGGGUUACUUGAGACAGAUUCCCGGUGUCAAUCACGCUGUUGUCGUCGGUGACCGUCAAAAGUACAUUGUCUGCAUGUUGACCAUCAACGUCGAGUAUUUGCCCAAGAUUGGAUUCAACGUCAAGACUUUGGAGGAAGCUAUCCGCGACAAGUCAUUCAACGACUACUUGCAAGCCAAGAUCAACGAGAUCAAUCUCCGUCUCACUCAAGCAUCCAGCAUUAAAAAGUACAGAAUCUGUCCACGCGAGUUUGCCGACUCUGGAACCGACUCGGAGCUCACCCCCACCCAAAAGCUCAAGCGUAAGAUUAUUCUCGCCAAGUAUGACGACCUCAUCCGUGACAUGUACGGUGACCAAUACACCGAGGGUACCUUUAACCAACCACCCCCAACUCUUCAAAACUCGUUUGUUAUUGCUGGCGACGUUGCUAUUCCACCAGUUGACAAAAAGGUUGAAACUGAACAACCAAAGAAGGAAGAGCAAGCUGCCUCUGCUGCUGCUGCUGUUGUACCAGUCGUCAUUGCAGAGACUGUUGUAGUAGAGGAGCAAAAGGUUGUCGACCCAGUCGCCGACGAACCGGUCACUGUCACUACUACAACCACCACUACCGCCGCCGUCAUCAAUGACACUGAACCAGCUGCUGUCAUCAUCACUGAAACUGUUGUUGUUGAACAAGACCCACCUGCCGUCGUCGUAGAAGAAAAGAAACCAGAGGAAGAACCAGUAGUUGUUGGCAACAAGGCUUUUGAAGAAUCACAACCACAACCAGAAACAGUUACAGUCAUUCACGAAACAGUCCCAGUUACAGUGGUUGAAAAUAAUCCAACCACAACAGAAGAAAGCCAAUCAUCAGAAAAGACAACUAUCGACCACCCAAAAGUUGAGCCUGCUGCCCAAUCAGACAAUACUACUACCGUCAAUAUUGUAGCCGUUCCAGUCCCAAUCAUGAAUCAAGACUUGGAUCAAGGCAACACAGCCGGUGAGGUUGUAGCAGCAGCCGAAAUAAUUAAAGUAGUCGAAGCAACACCAGUGGACGCAAAGAAGAAAGAAGAUGAACCCAAUAUUAUUAAUAACGACAAGGAUGAGAAUGGAAAAAAGGAUGGAUCGACAUCGGAUGACAGUUCAGACGAAACAUCAUCUGAUACAACCAGUUCAGACGAUGAUUCAAGUUCCAGUGAUUAUAGUACCUCUUCUGAAGAAUCUUCCGAGGAAACUGAUAGCGAAGAAUAUAGCACAAGUUCAGAAGAAGAAAAGAAACAACAACUAGAAAAAGAAAAAGAAAAAGAAAAAGAACAAAAAUAA